GGUGAUUUCCCCUGGGAUGAAAAGGAUUUUCGAAACCUCUUAAUAACUGUGUGUGGAGUCAGCGCAGUUCUCUUCUACCUGUACUUCAGAGACAGUGGCAAAGAGAUCACCUGGAAAGACUUUGUCCACCGCUACCUGGCCAGAGGUUUGGUGGAGCGGUUGGAGGUCGUCAACAAACAGUUUGUCAGAGUUAUCCUGGUGCCAGGAGCUGACAUAGAGUCAAGUUAUGUCUGGUUCAACAUUGGCAGCGUGGACACGUUUGAGAGGAACUUGGAGGCUGCCCAAAUGGAGCUCGGUGUGGAGCUGUCUCAUCGAGCUGCUGUCGUCUACAGCACUGAGAGCGAUGGGUCCUUCCUGAUGAACAUUAUCCCCACUGUGCUGAUCACUUGCUUCAUAAUCUUUAUGGUGCGGCGAGGCUUGACAGGAGCAACUUCCGGCGGUGGGCGGAGUCUCUUCAAUGUGACUGAUUCCACUGCCAAGAUGAUGGACAACAUUCAGGUGAAGUUUAAGGAUGUGGCUGGCUGUGAAGAGGCCAAGCUGGAGAUCCUGGAGUUUGUAAACUUCCUGAAACACCCACAGCAGUACCUGGACCUCGGAGCCAAGAUUCCUAAGGGAGCAGUGCUGUCUGGACCUCCUGGAACAGGAAAGACUCUGCUGGCCAAAGCCACAGCAGGAGAGGCCAACGUUCCCUUUAUCACAGUGAACGGCUCAGAGUUCCUGGAGAUGUUUGUGGGAAUUGGACCUGCAAGGGUGAGGGACAUGUUUGCCAUGGCGAGGAAGAACGCACCCUGCAUCCUGUUCAUCGAUGAGAUCGAUGCUGUGGGCAGGAAGAGAGGAGGGAGUAACUUUGGAGGUCAGAGUGAACAGGAGAAUACCUUGAACCAGCUGCUGGUAGAGAUGGAUGGUUUUAACACAGCUACUAAUGUGGUGGUCCUGGCUGGAACCAACAGGCCUGACAUCUUGGAUCCUGCAUUGAUGAGACCUGGGCGCUUUGACCGACAGAUUUACAUCGGUCCUCCAGACAUCAAAGGCAGGGCAUCCAUCUUUAAAGUCCACCUACGACCGAUCAAAUUGGAUUCCAGUCUGGACAAGGAAGCUCUGGCCAGAAAAAUGGCUGCUGCCACUCCAGGGUUUACUGGUGCUGACAUUGCAAACGUCUGUAAUGAGUCAGCUCUGAUCGCAGCCAGACACCUGAGUCCUGCCGUCAACGCAAAACACUUUGAGCAAGCAAUAGACCGGGUCAUCGGAGGUCUGGAAAAGAAGACUCAGGUCCUGCAGCCCACAGAGAAAAAGACUGUAGCAUAUCAUGAGGCUGGUCAUGCUGUCGUCGGUUGGUUCCUGCAGCAUGCUGAUCCUCUGCUCAAGGUGUCGAUCAUCCCGCGGGGAAAGGGUCUGGGUUACGCUCAGUACUUACCCAGAGAGCAGUACCUUUACACCAGAGAGCAGCUGUUCGACAGAAUGUGCAUGAUGUUGGGAGGGCGCGUGGCCGAGGAGGUCUUCUUCAGUCGCAUCACCACCGGAGCUCAGGAUGACCUGAAAAAGGUCACCCAGUCCGCCUACGCUCAGGUGGUGCAGUUUGGAAUGAGCGAGAAAGUGGGCCAGAUUUCGUUUGACCUCCCUCGUCAGGGGGAGAUGGUCAUGGAGAAGCCAUACAGCGAGGCCACCGCAGAGCUGAUUGAUCAGGAGGUCCGCAGUCUGGUGGACCGAGCGUACGAAUGCACCCUUCAGCUCAUCAAGGACAAGAAGGACAUGGUGGAGAUGGUGGGGAAACGUCUGCUGGAGAAGGAGGUGCUGGACAAGGCUGACAUGGUGGAGCUGCUGGGCCAGCGUCCCUUCCAGGAGAAGUCUACAUAUGAGGAGUUUGUGGAGGGAACAGGGAGCUUGGAGGAGGACACGAGCCUCCCAGAGGGUCUCAGAGACUGGAAUAAGGAGAGAGGAGAGGAGCCUGAGGAAACGAGUCUGACCCCGGACAAACAGCAGGUCGUGUAGAGGCUGGAGCACUCAGACAGAAAAAACUGGUUCAGAAAACCUUCACUCGACUUUUUUGUUUCUGUUCAAACAAAAAGUGUUAAAGCAGCUACAGCAGCUGGCUGGAAUAUUCCAGAACUGAGUGCAUAAUGCACACAAACUGUGGAAACACUGACUCUUUUUAUAUAUUUUAUUAAAGAGGGAAUCCUCCCUCAUGUCUGUCCUGAGAACACAGAGGAGAAGCUUCAGGUCAGAAAUUCUUCUAGUUUCAAUAUUUUCCUUUUUCUUCAGGUUCCUGCAGGAGAAAUGUUCACCUGCUUCACACAACCCAACAGACGUCUGAUUGAUUUUAUGUUUUGAUGCUGUAAAAUACAAUCAUGUAAAUUGUGUGACGCAGCUCCAGACCAGAACUUUAUUAAAUGUCAUUAAAGAUCU